CCCCCCCCCCCCCCCAAUCCAGCUGGUGUGGUCCUCCCGGCUGCUGUUGUUGAUGCCUGCCUGCUUCCUCGCGUUGGCAGAGCCCAUCUCGCUGUCCCUGGGAGGGGGGAUCGCGCCUCCCCGCCUCGGCUGUGUCGGAGGAGGAGGAGGACGAGCGAGGCAGCCAGAGAGCGCCUUGGCUUCUCCUUCUUCUUCUUCUCCUCCUCCUUCCUCCUCGCCUCCGUCUCCUUCUUCGUCCCUGGGCUGCGCAUCCCCGACAGGCUGAUGGUGACACUCGGGUCCCUGCUCCUCUGGGCUCUGGUGUACACUUACUGCGGGCUCUGCGCCUGCAUUGAGCUGCUGAAACUUUUGUGGAGCCUGGGCACCAAGCCAGGCAAGACCUUCCAGUGGCUGAUCCGGGAGAACCCGCCGGGCUGCCUCAAUGACCCCUCCUUGGGCACCCACUGCUAUGUCCGGAUCAAGGACACUGGGUUAAGAUUCCACUAUGUGGCUGCAGGAGAAAGAGGUAAACCACUUAUGCUGCUCCUACACGGCUUUCCAGAAUUCUGGUACUCCUGGCGUCAUCAGAUGCGGGAAUUCAAGAGUGAAUACCGAGUUGUGGCCUUGGAUUUGAGAGGUUAUGGAGAAACAGAUGCUCCUAUCCAUCGUGAAAAUUACAAACUAGACUGCCUGAUUACAGAUGUGAAGGAUAUCUUGGAAUCUCUUGGAUACAGCAAGUGUGUGCUGAUUGGUCACGACUGGGGUGGAAUGAUUGCUUGGCUGGCUGCUAUUUGUUACCCAGAAAUGAUAACAAAACUGAUUGUUAUUAAUUUUCCACACCCCUCUGUUUUCACAGAGUUCAUUCUGCGACAGCCAUCACAAAUGAUUAAAUCUGCCUACUAUUACUUCUUCCAAAUGCCAUGGUUUCCAGAACUUAUGUUUACAAUAAAUGAUUUUAAGACCCUGAAAAAUCUUUUUACGAGCCAGUCUUGUGGAAUUGGAAAGAAAGGCUCUAGGCUGACAGCAGAAGAUAUUGAAGCAUACCUAUAUGUAUUUUCCCAACCAGGAGCACUAACCGGUCCUAUAAAUCACUACAGAAACCUUUUCAGCUGCCUGCCUCUGCAACACCAUGAAGUCACUAUGCCUACCCUGCUACUCUGGGGAGAAAAAGAUCCCUUUCUGGAUGUUGAGAUGGCAGAAAUCACAAGGAUUUAUGUCAAAAAUCAGUUUAGACUAACUAUUCUGUCUGAGGCAAGCCACUGGCUCCAACAGGAUCAGCCUGACAUUGUGAACAAGUUGAUAUGGACUUUUCUAAAAGAAGAGUCAAGAAAACGAGAGUGACCGUUAUCGCCAGCACAAUCUAAAUGUUCAAAGCUCAAAGUUAAUUGUGAUCAGAGCCUAUUUGCAGCCAACCUUAGGAUGAGCUCUGCUAGAGAAAAUGUUUUCAAUGUACUGUAUGUAAUGAUGCCAAUGUUAUCACAAGAAGGUGGCGUAAGACUAUGUAACAGUAAUGUUGGUUUUACCUGUAUUCUGUAUUUUGCACAUGAGACACUUGCCUUAAAAUGUUUGUGCUUGUACAAUAAGGAAUUCAUAGAGAGUUGCUUAGUUUUGGUUACACACUUGCGUUAAGAUUCUAAUGUGUGGUGCCUUUUACAAUUUAUAAUGAUGACUUCGUGCAGGGGUACCAGGAGUAAAAGAUGUUAUUAGGGGUAUGAUGAUCAAUUUUCAUUCUACUGGUUGAGAUUUUUUUAACUAUAUUUUACCAUUAAAAUGUUAACAGAGCUCUAAAGAAAACGAAAUGUAUCUGGGCACAUUUGAGACCAUAAAAUAAUGACUAAGAAAUAAUUGUACUACGUUGAUAGCUGCUUGUGCGGUAGUGUACACUGAAAAAUAUCUAGGAUGUAUAUUCACACUGUUUCAAAAACUAAAAUAGAGAAUGCUGAACUCUGGUCAUGACUGUGUGUCCUAGUAUUUGCCUCGUUCUAAUAAACUGCAACUGAUGUGGUGCCCUGUA